CGUGACGUCAGAAGGAGGCGCCAAGAGGAGCCCAGAACAACAACAAGAGCAGCAGCCGGGCUUCUCUUCUCUUCUUUUCUGCGCGGAGAGAACGAACGAGAUCCGCGGAAGGUGGGCGAGACAGUGAGGAGGCGGGGCCUGGGGAGCUUCUAAGCCCCGCCCCUUCCUUCCCCUCCCUCAGAGGGGGGCGCGCGCUGAGAAGAUGGCGGCGGAGGCGUGAAGACGAGGAAAGAAAAAGAAGAGGGAGGCGGGAUGGAGGCGCUCUCCCCUCCUUAGCCUUUGGCGCCUCCGGGGAAUCGAGACAUUUCCUGAAUAGGAAGGGGAGGCCUGCUUUUCUCCCUUCGAGCCUUGCCUCAUUUCUUUGCCACCAUGCCUUGGCCCUUCUCAGAAUCCAUCAAGAAGAGGGCCUGCAGGUACCUGCUGCAGAGGUACCUGGGCCACUUCCUUCAAGAGAAGCUCAGCUUGGAACAGCUCACGCUCGAUCUCUACCAAGGGACUGGCUCUUUGGCACAGGUGCCCCUGGAUAAGUGGAGUCUUAAUGAGAUUCUAGAAUCCGCAGAUGCUCCUCUGGAAGUCACUGAGGGAUUUAUUCAGUCAAUUUCUCUAUCCAUUCCCUGGGGCUCUCUACUUCAGGACAAUUGUGCACUUGAGGUGAAAGGUUUAGAAAUGAUCUUCAGACCAAGGCCCCGUCUAGCUUCUGGUUCAGAGCCCAUGUAUUGGUCAAGCUUUAUGACAAGUAGUAUGCAGCUUGCAAAAGAAUGUCUUAGCCAAAAACUGACAGAUGAACAAGGAGAAGGGUCCCAGCCUUUUGAAGGACUUGAGAAGUUUGCUGAAACAAUUGAAACAGUUUUAAGAAGAGUGAAAGUCAACUUUUUAGAUACUGUUCUGAGAAUUGAGCAUGUGCCAGAUAAUUCUAAAAGCGGAACAGCACUUGAAAUUCACAUUGAGAAAACAAUGUAUUGUGAUGAAACUGCUGACGAAUGCUCUGGAAUUAAUAUUCAUCAGCCCACUGCUUUUGCUCACAAAUUGCUGCAACUCUCCGGUGUUUCUUUCUUCUGGGAUGAAUUUCCAGCAUCAGCAAAAUCCUCACCUGUGUGUUCAGCUACACAGUUGGUAACAGAACCUAAACUUUCACCAAGCUGGAACCCUAAAAUCGUGUACGAGCCACAUCCACAGUUAGCAAGGAAUGUGCCAGAGGUUUCUCCCUCUGAUCCUGUACAGAUAUGUAGGUUGAUUGGAAAGAUGGAACUCAGCCUUACAUUAAAGCAAAAUGAAGUUCUUCCAGGAGCAAAGUUGGAUGUAGAUGGACAGAUAGAUUCUAUUCAUCUGUUCCUGUCACCGAGACAGGUGCAUCUUUUGCUGGAUAUGUUAGCAACUAUUGCAGGGCCAGAGAAUCCUAGCAGAAUUCAGUUAUCUAAUAAAGACAGAAAAAAUCGACCAAUGCAACAGGAAGAUGAAUAUCGGAUUCAGAUGGAGCUCAACCGCUACUUAAGGAAAGAAAUUUCUCCAGUAGGUAUACAAUGUGAUCGAAGCUUUUGUGAGACGGAGACAGCCAGAACUCCUUCAAGUCGUGGUGAGCCCCUACUUCACAAUCCUAGGAAAUGUUCAGAAGAAGAAGUUUUCUUUUCAAUGGCUGACAUGGAGAUGUCUCAUAGUCUUUCCUCUUUGCCACCCCUUGGAGACCCACCAACUAUGGAUUUAGAACUUUCUGUAAAUAGUGCAUACACCGCAACUUCAGCAGAAUCUCCACUUGGUACUACAGUUCAGCAACCAGUGUGGGGGGAAUUUCUUGAACAACACAAGCAGGAGCCACCACAACUAAGAAGUUCACCAUUUACCCCCAGUGUUGUCCACCCAACUCCUCUACGAAGGACUUCUCUUCCAUCCAGAUCUGUUUCAGUGGAUGAAUCUAGGCCCGAACUUCUUUUUAGGCUAGCAGUGGGUGCUUUCUCAGUGUCAGUGCUCCAUAUCGAUCCUCUAUCACCACCUGAAACAUCACUAAAUAUUAGUCCACUGACACCAAUGGCGCAGGAUUUUUUUACCAGAAUAGAAAAGGUUAAUCCAGCUGAGUUUCCAACAGAAGACUUUCUGUCCUUCCGAGAAGUAUUUGCAAAGGCUUGUUCACAUGACCAUCUUAGAUUUGUAGGUACAGGCAUCAAAGUCUCCUAUGAACAAAGACAAAGAUCGGCCUCCCGUUGUUUCAGUACAGAUUUAUCCAUUGGGCAAAUGGAACUUCUGGAAUGUCUUUUUUCUACAGACUCUCAUUCUGAAAUACCUCAUUAUACCGAGCUGCUGAUGUUUAACUCUGAAAAACAAGGAAAUAAGCUGCACCCUCUCUCAUGCCUUCAGCUCCAUUACAAGCACUCAGACAACAAAGGACCUCAGGGCAGCCAAGGGAGACUGAGCUCAGUUCCACAAAAAGCAGACUUGCAAAUCAAGCUGAGUCCAGCAUUCUGUGAGCUGGAUAUUAGUAUUGUAGACAGACUAAACUCAUUGCUUCAGCCACAGAAGUUAACCACAGUGGAAAUGAUGGCAUCACAUAUGUACACCUCAUACAACAAACACAUUAGCCUGCACAAAGCAUUUGCUGAAAUUUUUCUGGAUGAUUCACGUACUCCUGCAAACUGCAAAGUCUCUGUUCAAGUGAUGGCACCAGCUUUGAAACUUUCAGUUCGCUUCCCAAUACCUGACCUACGAUCAGACCCAGAACGAGGACCCUGGUUUAAGAAGUCUCUUCAGAAGGAAAUUCUGCAGUUAGAAUUCACGGAUAUAGAACUUAAAACUGAAUUUACCGGAGGGCCAACUCCAGAGCAAGUUAAAUUGGAGCUCACCUUUAAAGAACUAACUGGGUCAUUUGAAGAAAGCAAAGAUGAAUCAACUGUACAGUUUUUUCAGGUUUCCAGUGGUAUAGCUGGAGAGAUGGUUUCAUCAGACAACUUUGAUUGGCCACGAAUUGUCCUAAAAAUAAAUCCACUUGCUAUACAUUCCAUUCUGGAAAGGGUAGCACCUGAGGAGGAAGAGGAAGAGGAAGUUGAUGGUCAUUUUCAAGAAGAAGAGGAAGGUGGAUCUCAUUCUCUGAAGGACGUGUGUGAUUUUAGAAGACCAGAACCAUCUCCCUUUUCCUCUCGUAGGGUCAUGUUUGAGAAUGAAGAGAUGGUGAUGCCUGGCGAUGCAGUGGAGAUGACAGAGUUUCAGGAUAAAGCAAUUAGCAACUCUCAUUAUGUGCUGGAACUUACGUUACCAAAUGUAUGCUUAACAUUACCAAACAAAAGUUUUUAUGAGAAGCUUUAUAACAGGAUCAGUAAUGAUCUGUUACUGUGGGAACCCACAGCUCCCUCUCCUGUAGAAACCUUUGAAAACAUUUCUUAUGGUGUUGGACUUUCAGUAGCAAGCCAGCUGAUAAACACGUUUAGUAAAGAUAGUUUUAGUCAAUUCAAAUCUACCAUUCACUAUGAUGAUGAGAGUGGAUCUGAGGAGGAGACAUUGCAAUAUUAUUCUACUCUUGAUCCAAACUACUGUUCACGGAGAAAGAAAAAAAUUGAAUCUCAAAAUAGGAACACACAGAACUUCCUCUCAGUUCUUUUGAAUAUUAACCAUGGAUUAAUAUCAAUGUUCACAGAUAUCAAGCAGGAUGAUGGGAGUAUAUGUGAAGACAAACAUGGAGAAUUUUGGUUUGAAUUCAGUGGUGGUUCUUUGUUCUGUGUAACAAAAUAUGAAGGCUUUGAAGACAAGCACUACAUCUGCCUCCAUUGUAGCAGUCUCAGUUUAUAUCAUCAAGGAUUGGUUGAAGGGGUAGUGCCUCCAUCUGAAAUAGAGCUGCCAAGUAAAACGCAUCCUCAUUGGUUAGAACCUACUAUUUAUUUUUCGGAAGAAGAAAGUCUCAGCAGAGCUCCUUCAGAUGGUGUUGGAGUGGACUGCAUAAGCAUGUUGUCUGUUGCAGUUAAAAUACAAUCAAAUAAAUCAGAGAGCAAUACAAAGGAGUUUUUAGUUGCUGUUGGGCUUAGAGGAGCAACCCUGCAACACAGAGUACUUCCUUCUGGUUUAAGCUGGCAUGAGCAGAUUUUGUAUUUUUUGAACAUUUCUGAUGAGCCUAUCUUGGGAUAUAAUCCUCCAGCCUCUGUUACGACGUUGCAUGUCCAUCUCUGGAGUUGUGCUCUGAAUUAUAGGCCUUUAUUUUUGCCAACUAGAUCGCUUCUUACUGUUGAAACAUUUAGCAUUUCAAGUAGCGUGGCACCAGAUAAGUCAUCUUCUACUCUCAGAAUAAUCUUGGAUGAGGCUGCCUUGCAUUUGUCUGACAAAUGUAAUGCCGUUAUAGUGAAUCUCCAAAGAGAUUUUGUUCGAGUUAUGGACAUGGGACUCCUCGAACUUACCAUAAAGGCAGUGAAACCUGGAUCUGAUGGGGAAAGGAGUAAGCCACGCUUUGAACUGCAUUGUUCCAGUGAUGUAAUCCAUAUUCGAACAUGCUCCGAUUCUUGUGCAGCAUUAAUGAACCUUAUCCAGUAUAUCGCCAGUUACGGUGAUUUGAAUCCACCUACUAAGGUCGAGUCUUCUCCUGGAGUGACUAAAAAAAAUGCAAAGGCAGAUACUUCCAGUCGGCCAUCUUCCCAAGGGCCUGUUCUUGCAGAAGCUGACCAACAGAUUUUACGGGAUUUGAUGAGCGAUGCUAUGGAAGAAAUUGAAACCCAACAUCUUACCUCCCCCACUAAACCACAAGCUAAUGGAACUUUGGAUGAAAAGACUCAAACACCAGCACCGUCUUGCUCAGAUCUUUUCCUCUUCCCUGAUGAAAGUGGGAACUUAUCCCAGGACUCAAGCCCAACGUAUACAUCAUUCACCCCAAAUAUGAUUAGUGAAGCUAUAGGAGAUGUACCUUCUGAAAAUGAUGACUUCUGUAUUCUUUUUGCACCAAAAGCUGUUGUCUCUGAUAAGGAAGAAGAGCCAGUAGUGAAAAAAUUUGUUGCUGAUGUAAUCCUGGUUAAAGACAACCAUUUCAGCCUACCUUUAAGAAGAACUGACACAAACAAAGGGCUGUUGCGCUUUCCUGUGCCGUUGAUUCGCUAUGUUGUGAAAGAAAUAUCACUCAUUUGGCACCUUUAUGGAGGAAAAGACUUUGGGAUUGUACCACCUACAUCUCCAGCUAAAAGCUACAUUAGCCCUCAGAGUUCGCCUUCGCACACACCAACAAGGCAUGGACGUAGCACAACCUGUGCAGGAAGAGGAAGGAACCCAGAUUUCUUGAUGGAAAUACAGUUAAGCAAGGUAAAAUUCCAGCAUGAGGUAUAUCCAUCAGGUGAAACAGAGGGAGAGAUGAGCAUCUUGGAACAACCGGUAUCCCGCCAAGUGUUUGUGGUUCAAGAUCUUGAGAUCAGAGAUCGCUUGGCUACGUCACAAAUGAACAAAUUUCUUUAUCUCUACUGUAGUAAGGAGAUGCCCAGAAAAGCCCAUUCUAAUAUGUUGACAGUGAAAGCAUUGCACGUUCGUCCAGAGUCAGGCAGGUCACCACAAGAAUGUUGUUUACGUGUGUCAUUAAUGCCACUUCGCCUCAAUAUUGACCAGGAUGCUCUGUUUUUUCUGAAGGAUUUUUUCACUAGCCUAUCUACAGAAGUAGAAGCCCUAACGACCCCAGACCCUGAAGUUAAAAAGCCUCCUGGCGCUGAAGUAACUUGCAGCUUGCCUAGGCAUCACAUUGGUUUCAAGGAGCCGAGUCCAGUAAUUUCUUUCUCUCUACACAAGGAGUCAAGUCAAAAUGGAAGCGUUGAUUCUGUGGAUGGACUUAAUGGUGAUGACCAUAAUUUUGCACACGAAGAGGCAUCAUUCAGUGAUCAGCCAAUCUUUUUCAGAGAAUUUCGAUUCACAUCAGAAGUUCCAAUACGUCUUGAUUAUCAUGGCAAACAUGUUUCUAUGGAUCAGGGCACAUUAGCUGGAAUUCUGAUUGGUCUUGCUCAGUUAAAUUGCUCUGAACUGAAACUGAAGAGGCUUUGCUACCGACAUGGGUUGCUGGGUGUGGAUAAGCUGUUUUCUUAUGCCAUCUCAGAAUGGCUUAAUGAUAUCAAGAAAAACCAGCUACCAGGUAUUCUCGGAGGAGUAGGACCAAUGCAUUCACUGGUUCAGUUAGUUCAGGGUCUAAAGGACUUGGUUUGGUUACCAAUAGAACAGUACCGAAAAGAUGGCCGGAUUGUAAGAGGCUUUCAGAGAGGAGCAGCUUCUUUUGGCACUUCGACUGCAAUGGCAGCAUUAGAGUUGACAAACAGAAUGGUCCAGACCAUACAGGCAGCUGCAGAGACAGCUUAUGACAUGGUUUCUCCUGGACCCAGCUUAAUUGAAACAAAAAAGAUCAAACGACUUUCUCGCUACCGUCUGGCUCAUCAGCCUGUAGAUCUUCGAGAAGGAGUGGCCAAAGCAUAUAGUGUCGUGAAAGAGGGGAUUACUGACACAGCCCAUACCAUCUAUGAAACUGCUGCUCGUGAACAUGAGAACAGAGGAGUAACCGGAGCUGUCGGGGGCGUUCUCCGUCAGAUUCCACCAACAGUGGUGAAACCUCUCAUCGUUGCCACCGAGGCAACAUCGAACGUUUUAGGUGGCAUGAGAAACCAAAUCAGGCCUGAUGUGCGCCAGGAAGAGUCUCAGAAGUGGCGCCUUGGAGAGGACUGAUAGCUUACAUAUGUUUGAGCCACAGAGUUUGAGAAUCCAUCUUAUCCUCAUGGCAGCUUUAAAUGGGACAUAUCCUUUUAUUAUGUCAAACAUGAAAUUAUGCUUGUUUAUCUCAGGAACACAGGAGAUUGUAAAGCUAUUUAAUGUCAAACAUGAAAUUUUUGAGUAGAGAACAAGCUUGGUAUUUGAUAGUUGUUGGUGUAGUUCAUGUUACCAGUACCUGCUGGUCUGUGCCAAAUGGAAUGGCAUCUUUUGUUGCCAAAUCCACAAUAUGCUGGUUUUAGACUGGAUAUACCAUAUUUUCCUUGGAAUAUUGUUUUUUUGACAUCAAGAACUUUUGUUUUUCUUUUAAAGAAAACCCAUUUCCCCUAUUUGCAAGUCUGUAUUUGUAUCUAGAGGGAUUCCAUGAGUAUGGUUGAACAAUUUUUUGUAAAGUUGGUUCCUUUCUGAAACAGUAGACAUGUGACAUGAAGAACCUAAAUGCUACAAGAUGUUAAAAAGUAACUGGGUUCUCAAUUAUUUUGCUGGCUAUGAGUGUUUGCCCCUUCUGUGGCAACUAAUAGUGAGGACAAUCUGACUUGGUCAAAAAUUGUUUCCACACAAUUGUGAAUAUUGAAUUGUUUCACCUACAUGUUGACAUCCUCCUUUUGUGGAAACUGGGGCAGUUUGAAUGUUGCAGACAUGUUCUGUUGUGUUGCACUUUAAAGAAUUUAGACUGUACCUUGCUUUUUUAAAAAAAAAGUUAAUAAAAUAUAAUGUGCAUUUUUGCCUAGUAUGGUUUCAAAACCUAUGCAAAUUAUUUAAAGGGAAAAGACACAUCAAGUUUAUCGAUAACAAGGAAAAAAAGUUGCCUGAAUGUUCAGGUUGCUGGACAGCAAAGAUUAUCCAGUGAGUGACUGGUUCCUCACACGUGUGCAGUUGUCCUGUUUCAGAGAAGAAGAGAGGUUUAUUGUGAAAGAGGUACCAGCUGUUGUCUGUAUUAUGACUAUAUGAUGUCAGUGCUAUGCACGGUUUGUCUUAUUUAAUCUGUCUUUUCUGUGGAAUCUUCAGUCCAGAAGAACCAGAUUUUAAACUUGUUUAUAUAUCAGAACAGUUUUAAAGUGGUUAUUUUGCUAUAACCUUUACAUUCUAAAUUAAGUUAAAUACUAAUAUGGGUUACUAAUUGCUCUCAGUCCUAACUUUUUGUUUUGGUCUGCCUACAAGGCUCUGAAAUAACAUACAGGAGGCCUAUGAAAUAACUGCUGGAGAAUUUUGUUGUGGAGCAAAAAGGUUAGUGCCGUAACAUGGGAAAUGACAGUGAAUAUCUUGCAGUUUGUUCAUUUCACAAUUUCUGCAUUUAUGAAUUUGUUACCAUAAGAAAUGAGGGGCUUUUGUUAAAGUGACUCAAAGAAAGAGACCCUGUAAUUUGUACGGGUGGUGGAGACAGGUGCUAGAAUAUAAAAGAACAGCCAAUAAUCUCUGUACUUAAAAAAUAUUAAGCUAAAAUAGUGAUGCAGUAAUCAGCUGUGCAUUUCUAAGUUUGUAUAGGACUGUGAUUUUUCUCCAUUUUUGUUUUCUUUUAAAUGUAAAUUCUAUACCAUUUCAUGUUACCUGUAAAAGUAACCCCCAGGUUGAUAGCAGUUUGGUUGACAGAUUGUUCUAAAUUUAAGAUGAUUGUGUUAUAUAUCUAUUCCUGAUUCUAUGUAUUUGGAAACAUCCAAUAUCCAAGGAUGGAGGGUUGUCUAACAACAUUUAAUAAGGAUUCAUUCUCCUGUUUACAGUAAUGAUACUGUAACUGCAUUAACAUUGCAAUAAUGGGUUGGAUAUAAGAAUCCUUUUACUGGUGCGUGACCAUAAACACUUUUGUAUGUGUGUGUUGAGUGCUGCUUUGGCAAUAUUUGCUGAUUCAAUAAAUUAAUCACCAAAACGGAUGGCCCUCUCUGCCACAGUGGGCCCAUUUGGAGGUUUUAAUAGUCAGAUUUUCACCAUGUCUGGAGGGCUUCCAUUUAUGGGCAUUUAUUAUUGUAUAGUUAACUCAAAAUAAUUAAUAUUUCAGAAAUGGCAGAAACACUUGACUUUUUGUGGCCACUUUCAACAAGAACAUGUAAAGAGUUCUUGUAGCUCUUUAGAGAUUAACGAAAAGAAUUAAAUUGGUAGCACAAACUGUCGUGGACUAAAUAAGCAUCUGAGUAAGUGGACUUAGUCUACAAAAGACUUACGAAGUAAUUCCAUGCAUCUGAGGAAGUAGACAUAGUCUACAAAAGCUUAAACUACCAACUUCAUUCUCUCAUUUAGUCUUCAGGGUGUUACAAGAGCUCGUUACAUAUUUGAUAUUCCAGACAAACAUAAUUAUGUCUUUGAGUUUUCACAAGAACACAUUGUGAAGAACACAUAGCAUUUCUGUUGUCAGUUUCUCAUCAGGGGCUUCCUUUGCUAUUUUUGACAUUUUGAAACUGACAUUGGAGCAGCAACUGUGCUGGUACUUUAUGCUGACUUCUUAGUUCUUGUGCGCUAGGGAAGCAAACAAAAGAGUUCCAUCUUAAAAUUCUGUAAAUGUCUAGCUAAUAUGAACUGCCCACAUUUCUCAGUACUGUAGUGGCAAAAUGAAAGAAAAUGCUUUAAAAACGACGUAUAUAAAUGUACAGUACACUUUUUAUUCUACUUCGGCUGACAGUCAUUCGUGCUUUAUGCUUCAUGAUACUUGACUGUAUCAGAAUAACGGUUAAAAGGCAGUUUCGAUUCUUUCCAUUUCAAAAGCUUUGGAUCGCUCUCUCUGUUUCCAACCAGCUGGAUUGAAGCUCCCUUGCUGAUCUAACAUCUGUCAACAAACAUGAACAGUCUCUUGUGUUAAGUCAUAUGAGGUUAAUAUAGGGGCGGUGUAUAGCCCACUGGCUCCAUCAGCAGCUAACCACUGCUCUUAGUUUGCAUAUAGGCAUCCAGCAAGAGUCAACAUUUUACAGUGGUUUGAGUGUUGGAUUACAUAGUCCAAAUCCCUGCUCAGCAGAGGAAACCCACAUAGUGACCCUGGACAAGUCACACCAAGCCUCGGAGGAAGGCUAACCUCUGGAUAAAUCUUGCCAAGACAACAGUAAAAGUGGGCUAAAUCUGAGUGAACUACAACAUAGAAAAACAAAAGUCAAUUCCAAGACCAUGUAUCCACUUAGAAGAACUUGCACAGGCAACAUAAUUGCAAGCAAGUCUAUAUAUAUUUUAGAUUCCAAUUCAAUUGGGAUCCUAAGCAACAAUGAUGUUUUUAGUUCCCUGUUUCAUAUUAGAUAGCUAAAUGUAUCCCAAAUAGAAAGUAGGUUUUCCAUCAAUAGAUGUAGACUCAAAGAGCAUGAAUUUCACUGGAAUUUAAGAACCUAAUUAUUAACAUUUUACAUUUUGUAAUUUUUAAAGAGAUAUAUCACUUGAAUGUGUAAAAUAUGAAUACUUACCUUCAAAUCUGUUCUUAUAGCUCAGUAGAACAUUUAUUCCCCAAUGGUAGAAAUAACAAGUCUAUGUGGACAGUCCCAAACACUUACUGUUUUUCACACAGAUGUUGUAGCCCAGGAAAAUACAUGCCUAGAUUAGUCUGCAACUAUGUAAAAAUAAUAUUGCCACACUCAUCAAGACUAUAAGGAAUGUGGCACAUCAAGUUUUCCUUAAUUGAAAGCUCCUAUUUCCAUUGAAGCUUUUUUUGGUGAUAGUUACCUUAAAGCCAAUGAAUGGACAGAAGCAUGUACUUAAUGUAAAAUUGAGUUUUACUAUCCAAGACGCUAUACUAGUUUUAUGAGAUAUGAUCAAAAGUCUCAUGUGUUUGCUGUGUUUUCCUAUAUAAGUGCUUCUCAUAAGAGAAAAUCAGGAAAGCCUGUGUAAGUGAAGCUCUGUGGACACUUCACAGAUGAUUUUUUUUCACAGUCCUGAGGCACAUUUCUGUAAAUGUUUAUUUCAUCUCACAUUUAAAAUACGCUCAGUUUGUAUUCAUUUGUCAUUGUAUUAUGGCUAUUAAACCAUAAGCUAAUUUCCUUGAAGUUCCAUAUGUUGCACCAGAAGUAGCUGAGAGAAAGAAGUGGACUCCAUUUGAAGUGGAAUCACCCUGUCAACCUGCAAAUGUGAUACCUAUUUUUUUCUAUUCUACUGUAGUUGUUGACUAGCAAAACACAGUUUAAAUGGGUAUUAAAUAGCAUCCUGGAUUUCAUAGCAAUAGGUUAUUAUCAGUAGUAAAAAAAACAUGCGGGUAUCUGCACUCUUGGCUUUUCAUUAUUAUAAUCUUUGUUUCAUGUAUCACCAGCCUUCUGCAGCUUACGCUUCUGACAGCAAUUUCAGCUUGUUCCAAAUACUGAAUCAUGUUUACAUUUUAGAAUCAAGUUGGCUCAUUAAUAAUAAUAAUGUACUUGUUCUGGAUUUCCAAGAAAGGGAAAAACCACAUAAGCUAAAGAUAGCUUAACAAAGAGGAACUGUUUGUAUACAUGUAUAUUUUUUACUUAUGUGUCAAAGUUAGCCUUUUUUGUGGUAUGCUUUUGUAUAUAGUUUGCUAGCUCAGAACAAACUGUAUAGUAGGAUAAAAAUGUGAAGGCUCUUUGAAGGGAAAUCGCUGUACUACCUUUUUCUUUACUUUGCUGAGAACACGUGCACUCUCCCAAACUCGACUAUUCUUACUACGGACGAGUACCAAUCUUGAUGUAUAUUGAACGUCCAAGGCCUUACACAAAUAAGAUGUUCUGCUCAACUGCUGUCAUGACAGAAAUAAAACAUUCUAAACUGCC